AUGGGCCCAACAGCAGGAUCCGGUAAGAGAUGGGUUCCGUCCAAGCUUCGGCACAUCCAUGAGGUUCCGUCGCAGGCGCUCAACUGGCGUUUGCUUAUGGCUGUCUUGAGCAUCGGCUUGCUCGGUGCCAGUCGAGGUAUGGAUGAAGGUGUCAUCUCGGGAUCCAUCGGUACACCUGCCUUUGAACAUGCCUUUAACGUCAAGAAGAAAUCUAGCAAGGAGUCCAACAUUGUCGCCAUGGUUCAGUUGCUCUCGACCUUGGGUGCUUUGGUCGGAUACGCCACCUCGGACCGCUUCGGUCGUGUGAUGGCCGGUAGACUCAGCUGCAUCCUUAUCAUCAUCGGAUCAGCCAUGUGGAUGGCGAGCGCCGAACGCAUUGCGCUGCUCUACAUUGGCCGAAUGGUGACAGGUGUAGGCGUUGGUAUCUCGUCAGUCUGCUCUCCGGUUUUCCUAGUCGAGACGGCUCCUCGCCAGAUCCGUGGUCUCUGCACUUCGGUGUACAGUGUGUCGAUCUAUCUGGGAGCUAUGCUGGGAUACGCCGUCAACCUCGGUGCCUCUCGUACACAGGACAAGCACAAGAACAUUAUCUGGCAAAUCGUCAUUAUCUUGCCCUUGGUGUGGCAUACGUUUCUCCUGCUCAGCACCUUGUUCCUCCACGAGUCGCCACGAUGGCUGUUGGACCAAGGCCAUGUCGAAAAGGCAACUCGUUCGCUCAAAUUCUACCGCAACCUUGACGAGAACCACCCAGCUAUGAUCGAGGAGACCCAACUCAUGCGCGAGUCGAUCGCCGAAGAGCACCGUCAACAGAUCGCACGGGAAGACGCACUUCCUGUGGACUCGCUGCUGCGCAAAUACAAGACGCUUCACAAGCUCAAGCUGGUCGUGACCAGCCGAAAGAACCUGCUUAAAGUCGGACUAGGCGUUAUGAUCCAGCUGCUGGUGCAAUUCGGAGGUCCUGGAGCCAUCGCAACGUACGCCAACCGUAUCAUGACGCUCGUCGGUGCUUCGGACAAGAACGGCUACGUCAUGUCUGUCGGAUUUGGCGCCACAAAGUUGGGAUGCGGAAUUCUCUCGUCGCUCUUGCUGAUCGAUCUGUUGGGACGACGCAAGACGUUGCUCAUUGGCGUUUUCAUCCAAGGUCUCUCGAUGCUCUACGUCUCGGUCUUCUUGGGUCUGUAUGUGCAGGGCAACCACACCAAGGGCGAAAAGCACGCAGGUCAAGCUGCACUUGCAGCCAUCUUCAUCUCCGGUGCCAGUUUCUCGGCCGGUGGCAAUCUCGCCCAAUACCUCGUUGGAACCGAGAUCUUCGAGAUGAACGUUCGUAGUAUUGCCUCGUCGAUUGUCAUGGCCAUGCACUACCUGCUCCAAUUUUCGGCCACACGAACUCUGCAGCCGAUGCUCAACUCUCCCAUGGGUGGAGCUGGUACGUUUGCUUUCUACGCUGCUGUGUCGCUGGUUCUCGCCCUGCCGUUCUACGCCAUCUUCCUGCCCGAGACCGCCGGUCUGCCGCUCGAAGAAAUCGACCAGGUCUUCGAACGUCCCGUCUGGAGCAUGGGCCGUGCCACGCGUGCCAAGUCUGCAUCCGUAUCGUCCGACGCUUUCACACCAAAGACGACCUUGCCUCACCUCGAUCUCGAAUCUUCCUCCGCCUCGUCAACAGGUGCAGAGGACGACGACAAGAAAAUCGAUCUCCAGUCCCAGCUCAGGCUCGAGACUCGAUCGUAA